GUUAUAGAUAAGCGUAGUGUCUCGUACAUAGCCAGAGCAAACUGUCACCGUGAUUGUGUACACAUUCUAUCAGGAGAGUCCUGUGCAUGUGCUUAUUGAUCACAAAUUACAAAAUUACGUUAUAAUAUUGAAAUCUUAUACGACGGAGUAUGUCAUUCUCAGUUUACUUAUUAGGGCGAAAAUUGAAAAGUUAGUUAAUUGUUAUUGUGAAAAACAGGAUUUAUUGUGUAGUUAUAAUUUUGGAAGAAUUUUAUCUGUGAAAUUAUGAUUUAUCAAAGUUUGGAUAUUGGAGUGGCUUGUUAAUAUUAAUAAUAAUGAAGAAUUAAGGAAGAAAUUGGAUAUCUGUGUGGGUUAAAUUUAUUUUAUGGUUUAAUGUUUAGUUUCGAGUUGGAUUAUCUAAGUUUUGAGUACAUUGUGAAAUAAAGCCAAUUAAUUCAUGGAUUUGAAUACAAAAGGAUGAGUGAUGGCAAAGUUUGUGAAGAAGUGCCCGUGUCUGCGGCCAAAGAUCGAGGAAGAUGUGCGCUUGCUCGACUACCGUCACUGCAGUCUGCAUGACGUCCCUGGGGAGGUGUUCAACUUUGAACGUACGCUCGAGGAGUUGCUUGUCGACUCCAACCAGAUACAGGAUCUACCCAGGGAGCUGUUUUACUGCCAUGGUCUGCGGAAGUUAAGCCUGAGUGACAAUGAGAUCAAACAGAUCCCCGCAGCCAUUGGACACCUUAUCAGUCUGGAAAAACUAGACCUCAGCAAAAAUGGUGUGAUUGACAUCCCGGAGAACAUCAAAACCUGCAAGUACCUGCAGAUCGUCGAUGCCAGCGUCAACCCCCUCGGAAAGUUGCCAGAGGGGUUUGCCCAGUUGCCAAACCUGACACAGCUCUACCUGAAUGACACCUUCCUGGAUUACCUGCCUGGAAACUUUGGCAGGCUGACGAAGUUGAAAAUUCUGGAGAUCCGCGAGAAUCACCUGAAGACGCUGCCCAAGUCCUUCUCCCGGCUCGUGGAACUGGAGAAACUCGAUAUUGGUCACAACGAGUUCACAGAACUGCCUGAUGUGAUAGGAAGCCUGUCAGCGCUGCUGGAGCUAUGGUGUGACCACAACCAGAUACAGUCUAUUACACCGACCAUAGGAAACCUGAAGCAGCUGAUGUUUUUUGAUGGCUGCAAGAACUGCCUGCAGAGCCUGCCCCCGGAGAUAGAAGGCUGCGUUUCAUUGGCUGACCUCCAUCUGACAACCAAUCAGAUCACAACUUUCCCUGACUCCAUCUGUAACCUUAGCAACCUGACUACACUCAAAGCAGACGACAACUGUCUCACAUGUUUACCAGAUAACAUGGGGGAACUUCAGUCCCUGUCUGAACUGAAUGUGAGCGCCAACACUCUGACAGAGUUACCCUCCACUCUGGGCCUGUUGAGAUACCUCCGAACCUUGUACGCUGAUGACAAUGAUCUCACAUAUCUUCCUGCUGAGCUGGGCAGCUGUAGUGGUAUAACAGUGCUGUCUCUGCGUAGUAACAAGCUGACAUAUGUGCCGGACGAACUGGGCCGUAUUCCCCGUCUCCGUGUCCUCAACCUGAGCACCAACCAGCUUGAGUGUCUGCCUUUCACCAUCACCAAGUGUAAGGAGCUUCAGGCUCUUUGGCUCUCGGAAAACCAGACACGCCCACUGGUUCCUCUGCAAUCAGACCAUGAGCCUGUGACCGGUAGGAAGAUCCUCACUUGCUAUCUCCUUCCACAGAGACCCCCGCAGGACUCUGGGGAGGGUGGUGACACGGAUAGUUUCCACGCAUCCAUGUGGGACGAGGAGCGCAGAGACAGACAACAGAUACACUUUGAGUUCGGGGAUGAAUCAGAUGUCGAUGGAAGCCUUAUUAGGCAGCCCACUCCAUAUCCAAAAGAAAUGCGGGAGAAGGCUCGGCAUCUGAAGAACUUGGCAAUGCGCCAGAAGAUGAGCAGCGGUGUCAGUCAGCAAGGGGAGGACAACGCUGCUUAUGAAAAGCGCCAAUAUAAACCAUUGUCUCCGUCGAUGGAGCGACUGAUGGUGACAAGGGAUGCGGACAUCACGGAUGGACGUCGGAGGGACACGGUGAGCAACAACCCUGGGUCUCCGUCCAUAGAUGACCCAUACUCUCUCAUCAAGUAUGAUAAGGAGAAGCAUGUGCGGGACAAGGCUCGCAUGCAGAAUCACCAUAGCAACGAGGAGGAGCGACAGUUGGGCCGGAGACACAGUCGAGGAGACGUCUCCCCUUCCUCUGAUAUCAGCUCACGGAGAGGCAAGGAGAGGAAGCCAAGGCCCCACUCGGCAGUAAAUCUCAAUGACGAUGACGGGGGUUUCCAGUCAGCCCGCGGGGCGGUUGGUGGUUCCCUUGGCUCCGUCCCAGAUCUCCCCGCCGCAGCGGAGGAGCACAGACCUGUGUCCACCAGACAGAAGUUCACCUACUGCUCACCUGAGGAGCUGUCAACCAGUAUCAACAAUAGGUCUGAUCAUCGUCAUGGCAAUCACCCGAGGUCUCAUCGUCAUCGAAAGAUGCGAGAGUAUGACUCUGACACUGGUUACCGUAGCGAUCAGGAGAUGAUGAAGUUUCGUCGACAACAGCAGCAGAUGUACCAGCGAUAUGGUGAUAAUUACAGUGAAAUAGUGCCUGUGACUCGCUCAAAAAGCCACCGUAGGGACGGUGGUUAUUCUAGUGAUCUUGAAGGCUAUUCACAAAGGUCUAUGGUGGCUGCCUAUCGGGAACAAAAUACUCAGGAACAUACAUUCAGUAAAACGCCUAUGCAUCAAACAAACAAUACAUCUAGGUCACAAAGUAAUCAAAACAUUGCUGUGAGAAACGAUGAACUGUAUGACUUGAAUCCCAUGCAACCGGGAACCAGUCAGUAUCCGCCCAGCCCGAGCCCUCUGCAGCGCCGGAAUGUGGUGGACCAGUCUACUCCACUCACCCCCACCUCAACUAGAAGGGAGGUUAGGCCUGGGGGUGGGGCAGAGACUGAGUGGAAGAAGGACUUGUUCAAUGUGUCUGGUCAGCUGCAGAACGUCACAUUGGCAGAUCCAGAAAACAGAUACAUGCCAAAUCCACAAGGAAACCCUCAGGUGACCAGUAAUGGUAGAGAGGAUUCUCGCCCUGUUCCCCCUUACAAGCCUGCCCCACCCUACCAAUCCCCAGGGCAGAGGCAACUUCCCCCCACCCCCAGCAGAACUUCGCCUUAUGGAAUGUCUCCAUAUGAUAAUCGCCCAAGGGCCUCUCCAAUGAAAGACUUCCAACAGAGGAUGCCCGAUAUCCAGGAACUCAGGGACAGCAAAAGUGAUCUCUCUAUAAAUAGGUCAAGGUCACAAUUGACAUUUCAAAAUGGCGGUGACCUUGACUCCCAAAGCUUCAGGAGUAGUGAUAACAGUGGAAACUAUAUAGAUAUACAAAACAUUAACAGUGACUCUCCACAUACUCCAAGGUCAAAACUUGCCAAUGUGAAUUCAAGGUCAUUUCAGGGUCAUCACCAAGGUGAAGUGACACCUGCCUCAUCCAAAGACUCUGGUAACUAUAGUUACCAUGAUAGGACUAUUGGGGAUUCCCCGGUGAAUAUUAGGAAUUCCCCUCUGUCAUCAGUGCAGGAGAGAAGAAAUUCCAGGAAUUCCCCAUUUGACUUUAACCAAGAUCCUAGAAGAACUUUCGACAGAUAUGAUAGCUCGUAUCAAGAGCCACCCAGUGUGGAUAUUCCAACUCGCUAUGAGGAUAUAGCAAUAUUUAAAAACACUGAACCCCAUUCUCAGGUGUCAAGUUCAACAGACAGUGGUUAUGGGCACAAUAUCAUAGAGAGAAUGCUGGAGUCACAAAAAUUCUCAGGACAUUCCAAGGGGUCUGCAUCGCCAGAUCAGUUCAAUUCCGAUUCCAACUGUACAAGCUCAUCGCACCAUGAAACUGGCAGCCAGCUCUCAAGGGGAGCAACUCCGGUAAACCAUGCGGACAGAUCCCGGGAGUCUGAUGAUAUGGGCAAUAGAAUAGAUAGGUUUCGUGUGAAAAUAACAAAGAAUCCAGGGUUAGGAUUCAGCAUCGCGGGGGGAGUGGGGGCCUAUGGCAACCCAUUCCGUGCCAACGACUUGGGUAUAUUUGUGACGAAGGUUCAGCCUGGUGGGCCAGCGUCUACUUACCUACAGCGGGGAGACAAACUCCUCGAGGUCAAUGGAACAGACUUCACAGAGAUAGAGCACAACAAGGCAGUUAAUCUCUUAAAGACUACCGGCAGCACAGUCGCGUUAUAUGUGGAAAGGGAGGCAACCAGCUGACAGGAGGAGCAGCAAGCUGUUACCUGGAUUUAGGCAGCACUGUGUUACCUCCCUUAGAUCACAAUACACCAUUGAAUAAAACAAUUGGUUCAACGUCUGAAAAAGUAGUAGAAUAGUUCAAUAAGGGUUAAUUCAGAAAAAAAGUUUUUGUUUAGAAAACAAAGAUCUUGAACAGAUCAUGAUAAAAAUUAUUUUGUUUCAGAAAAUGAUGAAUUUGUUACAAGUAAUGUUGUUUUUUGAUAAAUGCAGGUAUGUUUUGUGGUCGAAGGAGGUGCAUGUGGUGUCUAUAUUUGGUAAGGCUUGCUGCGGGUCAGAUCAUCUGUUCGUCUCUCAGUGUACAUAUCACAUCAAUCACGCGUAUACAUCACACUGUACAUACAUGUCUCACAAAUGUGCUGGUCAGAACUGUGCUGUUCAUUCAAUGGUAGGGAUAAUACAUGUGUAUUAGUUUAAAAUUUGUAUAUUGAAGAAAUGGCAUGCAUAAUUUAUUGCCAGGAAAUAUCACCAAUGGCAAGAAAUUAUUACUCGUACUUGAAAUAACUAUUUCUGUAAGAUUUUUAUAUCCCAUUUCGAAUACCUGUAAUUUUGUUAAAAUGUUCAUAUUUCAUUAGAAUUGAGAAGAUUUUUCUUGGAGAUCUUUUCAACUUAUCAUUUAUUUUUUUCAAAAAUCAGUAAAAAUUUUGAAGUUGUUUGUUUCCAAUAAUAUAUACUGAUGUUAUGAUCUCUGCAAUGCAUUUUGUUCCGCUAUGUGUUUUAUGGUUGUAUUGUGUAUAUAAUUUUAUAUUGUGAUACAUUAAACUGUACAUUGAUUCAUUUUAUUUAUUUUUGUGACUGAAUGUUAGUGUCUCAAGUUCCAUGCACAGGCCAGUAACUACUCAAUCAUUCUUUACGCAGCAGUGUAACACACACACUUAAAAUAUGUCAAUAAACAAUGGCAACCUACCAAUUCUAAACAUAAAAAAAUGUUAGCAGAUAGACUAAGUGUCAAGUAAAGUUAGUUUCUUCCUGUUUCAUAACAAAUUUCAUUUGUGUUUUUUACUUUUAUUAAGAUAUUUUUUGUAUUUGUUCAAAGUGUUCAUCACAGUAGUAUGUUGUCAAGUUUCAGCAUAAGUAGAAUGGUGCUAGUUCAGGUUUAAUUUAUGAAAUGCAUUAUAGACAAAAGUAAUCAAGACAUAGCUAUUUUUAUGAUGUACAAUGUAUUAAUAUAGUUAUAACAAGUCUGUGGUAUAAGUGAUUUGUUCAAAUGAAUUUUAAAGGUAAAGUGAUUUCAGUUGAAUUUUUUUUUUAAAUGAUUAUACUAUGAAAAUAAUACUAAAACUUAUUUUGUAAAUGUUAUUACCUUGUCUGUUUUUUUUUUCGUAAAAAAAAAUAGUUACGAAUUUGUGACAAUCUUGGUGUUGUUGUGAGUGGAAGCAUCAUUGUGCAUUAUUUUAAAGGCGACCAUAAUUAAAACAUUAUUUGAAUACAAUUUGGUACACAUGUUGGCAGAGACAAUAUGCACAUGUAUUAUUCAGUAUAGCAAGGCCCGUAACUCUAGAAUUCAAAAUUGUUGAAUUAUGCCCCUUUUUCCGUUGGGAAAAAAACAACAGAUGAGCAUUAGCAUUCACUAUGCUGCACUCUUGUAAUAAUUGGACUGUGCUGUAAGGAAUCUCAUUUAUUCCGUCCGUAUCUCUGCAUUGUAAUGAACUAUUAUGCAAUUCUGUCAUUUCAACCUAUGCAUUGUCUGACCCAUAAUUAUUGACAGACAGACAUAUUUAUAUGACACAGAUAUAAAAAAAAACAUGAUGCUAUAAUCAUGUUUGAACAAUCUUGUUGUUGGAAGACAAUAAAGAUUAAACAUAUAAACAUAAAUUAUAUUCUUUACAUGCAUGUUAAUCUAAUGAAACGCUUAAAAAGACUUGCUUUAUUACAUUAGUUGUGUUACUGCUGAUUAUUCUUUUAUUAUUUUUAUUUCCCCUCUUCAUCACAAAAUCCCAUACCUGUACAUUUUACGUCAUCAGUCGUGUACAUACUACAUGUACAUUUUUUGAGGCAGCAUUCUUGUUAAUAUUGUUCUUAUCUUAUAAAUUAAAAUUUGUGCUUCCUGUACAUUUAUAUUGUUAUUUUAUUUGGUGCCAUUCCGUUUCCGUCAAUUUUCAACAUUCUUUAAAUGAAGCAUUUAUUUAAUCGACUAAUUUAAGUGUUGUCUUAUUUUAUAACCAUUCCGUUUCCGUCAAUUUUCAACAUUCUUUAAAUGAAGCAUUUAUUUAAUCGAUUAAUUUAAGUGUUGUCUUAUUUUAUAAUCAGGUAUUUAUAAAUGUAAUGAAUACAAAGGAAUUUAAAGCCUUCAGUUUUCAAAAUGUUUUAAAAAGAUAUGAAAAUCCAAAUCUACUGUAUUUCUUUUUUUGCAUCUUCAAUCAUCUCACUCCUUAAGUGAGUUGACUGUUUUAUAAACCAAGAUAUUUUAAUUGAUGUCAUGCAUAACAAUGAAAAUAAAUGGAAACAAUGAA